AUGGGGCUAGAGGACAAGCAAAGGAUGCUGACCGGGUCUGGAGAUCCCGAGGAGGAGGAAUUAGUGGAUCCCCUGACAACCAUGAGAGAGCAAUGUGAACAGCUGAAGAAAUGUGUAAAGGCUCGGGAGUGGCUAGAGCUCUGUGAUGAGCAUGUAUCCUCCAGGUCACAGGCAGAGGAGGACUGCACAGAGGAGCUUUUUGACUUCUUGCAUGCAAGGGACCAUUGUGAGGCCCACAAACUGUUUAACAGAUUGAAAUAG